CCUCCCACCUACCCCUCCCCAUCGCCACACCACUCUCAUAAAUCCCGAGCCCCACGCGAAUCUCUCCUCGCCAGCCGCGAGCCCACUAGAGACGAAGGUUGCGUCCCGAUGGAGUUCCUGCAGGGGCAGAGCGUGGAGACCACGGUGGCCGUCGCGGUCGCUGUCGUUGCCGUGGCCGCCGGCGCCGGAUUCAUCCUCCUCCGCAGCAAGAAACCCAAGGGCUGCUUGGAUGCCGAGAACUUCAGGGAGUUCAAGCUUGUGCAGAAGAAUCAGAUCAGUCAUAAUGUGGCCAAGUUCAAAUUUGCCCUCCCGACACCUACUUCUGUGUUGGGCCUUCCAAUUGGCCAGCAUAUAAGCUGCAGAGGGCAGGAUGCUACUGGGGAGGAAGUAAUCAAACCUUAUACUCCUACAACGCUGGAUUCUGAUAUCGGAUACUUUGAGCUUGUUAUUAAGAUGUAUCCCCAAGGAAGAAUGUCUCAUCAUUUUCGUGAGAUGAAAGUUGGUGACUAUAUGUCUGUGAAGGGGCCCAAGGGCCGUUUCAAGUACCAACCUGGACAAGUGCGAGCAUUUGGUAUGAUAGCUGGAGGAUCAGGAAUUACCCCAAUGUUCCAAGUCACAAGGGCAAUUCUUGAGAACCCAAAUGACAGUACGAAAGUCCACUUGAUCUACGCUAAUGUCACGUAUGAUGACAUUCUUCUGCAGGAAGAACUCGACACUCUGGCUAAGAACUAUCCUGAUCGCUUCAAGAUCUACUAUGUCUUGAAUCAGCCACCUACAGUCUGGGAUGGUGGUGUUGGGUUUGUGUCGAAGGACAUGAUCCAGAGUCACUGUCCAGCUCCUGCUGCAGACAUUCAGAUAUUGAGAUGUGGACCUCCUCCGAUGAACAAAGCCAUGGCUGCGCACCUAGACGACAUUGGCUACACCAAGGAAAUGCAGUUCCAGUUCUAGGUUCCGACGGGUGGGAAACCUACCAAAAUAACGAUUGCCGCAUGGCCUUUCUCGUUCAAUUCAGUUUGACAUGGCCGAUUGGUGCCAUUUAGCUCAUACAGACGAACCCCCAUAGUCGAUACAGCGGCGUAAUUUGACUGAGUGAUACAAAACCUAGUUGAGUUGGAGCGCUAUUGUGCUGUGGCAGUUGUCUCCGGAUGUUAUCCAAUUUCAGGCGUGAAGCAGCUGCUUAUUGUGUGAGGAAUGUUUCUUCAUGUUGUACGUUGCUUUCCGCUUUGCAAUAAAGAAAAGAUUGACAGAU